AUGCAAUACCCAUCUCCCCACCGCCCAUCUCGAAAUGCACCUCCCAAAAACCGCAUCAGCACGCUCCAAGGCCACCUCAUUGCCGCGACCGGCGAGUUCGUCGGAACAUUCAUGUUCCUGUACUUUGCUUUUGCGUGUCAAAUUAUGCUCACAAAUCAAGCGAGCGAAAAGUCGUUAGUAAAUGGUGGACCAAGUAGCCAGCAGAAUGUGUUCACGGCGCUGGUGUAUGGACUUAGCUUAUUAGUCAAUGCAUGGGCUUUCUAUCGGAUUAGUGGGGGGUUGUUCAACCCUGCGGUGACUCUCGGCAUGGUCCUUGCCGGCAGCCUUCCCCCAGUCCGCGGUCUAUUCCUCUUCCCUGCGCAACUCACCGCCGGAAUGUGCGCAGGCAUAGUCGUGCAAGCCAUGUUUCCAGGCGACAUCAGCUCUGUCAAUACCUCGCUCUCGCCCGGCACGAGUAUCGCCCAAGGCGUGUUCAUCGAGAUGUUCAUGACCGCCGAACUCGUCUUCGUCGUGCUUAUGCUAGCAGCCGAGAAGAGCAAGGAUACAUUCAUUGCUCCAAUAGGGAUCGGGUUGGCGUUGUUUGUUGCUAUGUUGGGCGGUGUAUAUUAUACCGGCGGAUCCCUUAACCCAGCCCGCAGCUUCGGUCCCGCAGUCGCUUCUACGCAGUUCGUCGGCUACCACUGGAUUUACUGGGUUGGCCCGUUCCUGGGUGCAGCGAUUGCGGCAGGAUACUAUCGAUUUGUGAAGCAUUUCAACUAUGAACAGGCAAAUCCGGGACAGGAUGAUUCUGGUGAGGAGUGA